AUGGAUCUGAUGGUUACCAUUUUGGUGGCUCUCGCUUUAUCAGCUGGGAGAUGCAGCGAUGCUUACACGAGGAACGAUUUUCCCACGGGCUUCGCUUUUGGAUCCGCCAUUUCUGCUUAUCAGUGGGAAGGAGCUGUUGAUCAAGACGGGAAGAAGCCUAGCGUCUGGGACACUUUCGUUCACUCUCGCAACCUAGAUAAUGGGGACAUAACUUGUGAUGGGUAUCACAAGUACAAGGAAGAUGUGCAGCUCAUGGUGGAUACUGGCUUAGAUGCACUCAGGUUUUCCAUCUCUUGGUCUAGGCUUAUACCCAAUGGACGAGGUCCUGUUAACCCAGAAGGUCUACAGUUCUACAAGAACUUCAUCCAAGAACUUGUUAGCCAUGGAACUGAACCACAUGUUACACUGUACCACGAUGAUCAUCCUCAAGAUCUGGAGGAUGAAUAUGGAGGCUGGACCGACCGCAGAAUGAUCCAGGACUUUACUGCUUAUGCAGAUGUUUGCUUCAGAGAGUUUGGGAGCCAGGUCAAAUUCUGGACGACGAUCAACGAGGCUAAUAUAUUCAUUAUUGGAGGUUACGUCGGUGGGGAUACACCGCCUGGUCGUUGCUCUACCUGCUUGACUGGGAACUCUUCCACUGAGCCAUACAUGGUAGCCCAUAAUUUGCUGCUUGCACACGCCUCUGCUUCUCGACUGUAUAGGCAAAAGUACAAGGAUUUGCAAGGAGGUUCUGUAGGCUUUAGCUUCUUUGCAGUAGGAUUCACUCCUCUUGCAAGCUCCAAGGAUGAUCAAGUUGCAAUUGAAAGAUUCAAAGCUUUCUUCUUCGGCUGGAUGCUUGGGCCUCUUACAUAUGGAGACUAUCCGGAAGAAAUGAAAAGAAUCGUUGGAACAAGACUGCCAGUUUUCUCAAAGGAAGAGUCAGAACAAGUGAAAGGCUCUUCUGACUUCAUAGGAGUCAUUCACUAUAUCGCGGCUACAAGCAUCAAACCCCAACCGUCUCUUUCAGGAGACCCCCCUGAUUUCAGCUCAGACUUGGGCGUAUCUGUGAUUUACGCUGGGAAUUUCACGGAUCUCGACUAUGCUGUUGCUCCAUGGGCUAUGGAAGGUGUCCUUGAGUAUAUGAAGCAGACCUAUGGCAAUCCUCCUAUCUACAUUCUAGAGAAUGGUAAACCGCUGAAGCAAGAUUUGGAGCUGCAACAGAAUGACACACCAAGGGUUGAGUUCUUAGAUGCUUACAUUGGUGCUGUGCUCAAAGCCGUUAGGAAUGGAUCAGACACGAGAGGCUUCUUCGUGUGGUCCUUUAUGGAUUUGUACGAGUUACUGAGCGGAUACGAGUACAGUUUUGGAUUGUACUCUGUCAAUUUCAGCGAUCCGCAUCGCAAGAGAUCUCCGAAGCUGUCUGCUCAUUGGUACUCUGCUUUUCUCAAGGGCAACACCACCACAUCUCUUGGCUCCCAAGGCAUCACGCAAUUGCAGAGCAACUUGUCUUCUUCCAUCUAG